AUGCAGCUCGACAAAGACAAAGCUAUAAGCGCGCAACCACCCAACUUCCAAUCACCCAACCCCAACCAGGCCAACGCCGCACAGUCUUCGCCUUCGCCUUCGUCUACCUCAUCCUCGGCUCACGACACACCUUCAUCCUCAGAAAACCCCGCACCUUCCUCCACGAAACCAUCCUCGUACCCAUCCUCUUCCUCUUCCUCGUCCUCCUCACCAUCAUCGUCACCAAAACAAAGAACCCUGCACAUAACAUCCUACGGCCACACAAUCGGCCCCCUCGCACCCCGUCCAACCCUCAAGUUCGACGUCCGCGCCCUCCCAAACCCACCUAAACACGUACGGUCAUCUCAAUUGGGGAUCUACAAACCUUUACAGGAGUGGUUUUUCGCUAGGGAAGAAGUCCAAACCCGCUUCCUCACAAUCUCAUCCAAGAUCGAAGACGCACUCCAAAUCGCCGAAGCCAACGACCAGAACGACGUCUUCAUCGGGGUAUGCUGCCAGUUGGGAAAACAUCGCAGUGUAGCGAUGGUCGAGGCGCUGGGGAGGAGGGCGUGGCUGGCCGGAUGGUCGGUCGAGGUCGGACAUAGGGAUAUGUUGCGGCGGCGGGGUCAAUCGUCGAAAGAUGGGACGAGGACGAAGGAGAGGAAAGUCAAGGAGGGGUAUCGACAGCAGCCUGAAUGA